AUGGCUCCCGUCGAGAUCCAUACUUCUCCUAGCUAUGUGCCAACGGCUGUGGUAUUCUUCCACUUAUUCGCAGUGGGCUAUAUAUCAGCUAUAGCUGCACGAUCAAUUUAUCGGUCAUAUGUUGCUCUUCCUCCAUCGUCAGCAACCAGACAUCGAGAACCAUUGCGAAAAGGCCACGUCCAGACUUUCUCCAUAUUGGCUCUUGUGAGCUUGGUUUUUGCUGGAUACUAUGCUUCUAGAUUCGCCAGCCUUUCCUAUCGAGUAUGGGCUACUGAGAGAGGCAUCGAACUUCCUACUGGUUUCUUCGGAGAUAGAGGGGCACUCAGAGGCGGAGAGCAUCCUGGAAGACUCCAAAUUGUCACAUGGCUCAACGAUACACCUUACUACAGAGAUGCUCUUGAAAUCGUGACUGAAAAGGCCCGUCACUUUUGGUGGGGCCAGCAAGUCACUUUGGGCUUGAUUUCGUGGAGCACGUAUCUUGCUAUCGAAGGCCAGAGACGAAACAUCUCGAAUAUCUGGUCUUUCUUGGCACUUUCCCAACUAGUCAGCUUGUCAUAUGCGCAGAACUUAUUCUUUGUGGCUAUCCUACUUACUCCAGUUCCGUUGCCUGAGAAUGUACGGGAGAUUACAAGGACAUCUGUGCCUGGUACUUCAAGCAGGUAUACUCAAUUAUUGGAAAGAGUUGUACCAGCCAAACCAGAAGGAUUUGUUCCAAGUCCGUAUAGCUACGCAGUGCUACUUGCGUUGAAUUUCAUGGCUGUUCUUCUCACGCCAUUUGCUGCUAAUACACCGUCUUUCAUGAGCGUCGCCCUCCUUGCACGUGUCAUACCGUUCUCCUUCCUUGCCCUACCUUAUGUCAUCCCAGAAAGCUGGGGCACAAUCCACAGCCAUCCUCACGACUCUCACGCAAGCUAUACAAAACUUUUUCAGUACAUCUCCGCAUUUUCGGCUAUCCUCCACCUUAAGUCAAGCUUUCUAGCGCUAUUCUACAAUAUCCCGGACAGCACAUACUAUCGCCACAGUCUUCUCCAUCCUUUCAAAGAAGAACAUCGCUCCACAUUUGAUCGUAGUACCACCGCACUAGGCAGAGUCUUUGGAGCCAUCGGUGAACACCCAGCUGUGAGCGCUCAAGGUUGGGAUGUGUUGCUUUCAGGACUCACACUUGGUAUCUGGGCUGCUAUUAGGGGACUCGAGGCGAAUGAUAUGUUGACAUCGACUUUACCUUUCAGCGAGCUGCUUUUGAAGCCUGCGCAGAAGUUAGUCGAGGACACAUCUAUUGCUCUCAAAGAGGAUGCAAAGGAUGCGGUUGACAAUGUCGUAUCACGAACGACUCGCCGUCGUCCCGGGCGUCCUAAGAAGCACGAGGAGAUCGAUAGCAAUGUCCCGCGCCGUGGAAGAUCCGCAAAGAAGGCUCUUGAGCUCACGAACGGAGUAGACGAAGAUGAUGCUGCUUACGAGCCAACUGAGAGUGAUCCAUUGGAAGGUGAUGAAGAAACAGGGGAGGAUUGGGAGAUGGGUGCUUUGACAUGGGGCUUACUCUCCGUUGGUGGAUUAGGAGUAGGUACUGCGGCUGUCUAUGGUGCGGAAGUGGUUGGCAGGUGA